AUGAGUGCGGGCCGUCCUUUGUUUCAGCUAAGGAAGGAGAUUGACACUUCCGCCGCGUUGCCUGAGAACGAUGUUGAGGCCGAUGAUAGCACUAACUCGGUGCUAAACAACGCUAGUACUAGUGGGUAUUACAGUUCUUUAAUGGAGAGUUCCAAUGAAUGUCAUCACAGCCAGGGCCGCUUCAAUAAUGAGAGGAUUCUUACCGAGAAUGAUAAGUACGUGGUAAAGAGGCUGGCGCCUGACCUGUCGUCGCGGCCGCUAGAGGGCGACAAGAUAGAAGGAGUCGUGGAUACUUUUCUUGGAAAAGCUCUUGUUGGCGACGUCAACAAUCUGUACAUCUGGGAUUACCAUUCGACCCAAAAACAUGUUAAUGUCUCUCGAAUCCCCCUGCAUCAAGAACAUGAGGUACUAAAUGUGGCACCAAAGUGUUUAUUUACACGUCCAUCAGCCAUAGACGAGUCGACUCAGAUGCUUAUUGAUGGCUCUGCAGGCUCCUCCGGUGGUGUUUGCAUCAUACACCGGAAAAACAGCGAAUUCAUAUACUACGAAGAUAUCGAGUCGAUAAACAACCUACAUUUACAACUGUCGAAAAACAAAGCGCACUCGUUGAAUCUGCAUCUCAAAGAUGGCGAGACUGUCACCAUUGCUACAAAUUGUGAGCCUGCAGGGAUUGUUAUAGCAACGUCUUUUGGAAGAGUCUUGUUCGCAACAAUAAGGGACUCAUCUGGUAAACCAAAGGUGCAGCUGAAACAGCAGCUCAUUAAGUCCCAGCGAGGGCUUCUAUUCCGUUCGUUCAGCAGAUAUAAAGAGGUUAUAUCGGUGAAAAAUGGUCCGAUAGUUGGAAGAGGAGAAAGAUUGAUUUAUGUGGUGACAAAAGAGGGAAAUUUCCAGACAUGGCAUCUGUCGGUUGGCAUCAAUUGCUUCAGGAGGGUGGAAGUGAACGUCUUCCAGCAAAUAUUGGACUCCUUACAGGAUCUCUAUCCAUUUGCCCAUGGCACUUUGCAGAUACUUGACUCGCAUCCUCUUUUUGCGGACUUAGCGUCCGCUCAUUUGAUUCUUUCAAGCAUACAAAACGAUAAAGAAACAUAUUACAUUUUAACAACCAUAUUACUGGACGAGAAGACCAAAAGUUUUACUAUCUUUUCCACCUAUCGACUAAACACGUAUGUUUUGCCCUUCGAUGAUAGUCAUAAACCUCAGUUGUAUGUUCCCAGUAGCCUCGAAGCCGAAACAAGACCGACAACAACGGUGUUCAUACUGUUUUCUGACGCAGUCGUUCUGACCCAGGUGAGCUCCAAUCUAGAUUCGACAUACUCGUUUAGAAGAAAAUGGGAAGACAUAAUAAGUUUUCGCAGUGACGUCAAAAUCAUCGGUUCUGGUUUUAACUCAGAGUCUUUAUAUCUUAUGGACAACCAAAUCAGCGUAUUUGAGAUAAGCCUCAUCGAUAAAGGUGAAACUGCCAAUUCGGACGACAUAGGAUUCAUCAAAUCCCAUAUUGACCAGGCCGUGUAUUUUUCGAAAGUUUAUUCUAGUCCCAUCGAGUUUAAUCUUCCGAAAGAGCUGACUUUAGAAAACGAGGAAGUUGAGAAGGAUCUAAGGUCGUCGGGCAACGAAAUUUUCUUUUCGACAGGCAAGUACAUCCCGCCUAUGUUGAAUACCUUGGGCCAGCAUCUAAGGCUACGGAUGGAACUGUACGAUAACUUGCUAAACUUUGUUUCUGAUAAUUUCAACUACAAAAUAUCGCCCUUCACUAAGUUAGAUCUUUUGGAAAGAUAUGAGAUAAUGAAGUGCUGUUACAGCUUGCUUGAGAUACUGGAGAGAUCAUCAGAUCUAGCUGGCAUCUGGAGUUAUAUUUUAUCAGGCUGCGAAAAUGGUUUAAAAAUGGAAGACUUAGUGCGCAAUCAUUUGGACAAGUUUCCUCAUCUUUUCACUGAGUUUUUGAGUGAGGUUGCGACCCGUUCAGCCUCAUUGGCAUCUGACACCUUCCGAGUUGAGACUGCCCUCUUCUUGAGUAACUGUUUUUAUGAUGCCGUUUUGGAUCAAGGUGAAAGAGUUUUAAGGUAUGGUACGCUUAAUUUGGAUCCCUUAGAAUUGAACCGGGAACUACCAUGGUUUUCGAAUCUCAGAAUCCUAAAAGCUGUGAAUAGCAUCUUUUUUGAUUUCAAAUUUUCUCUAACGACCGUUACAGAAAAAGAAGAACAGUGGCUCAUUGUUAUGAUAAAGAUUUUAUAUUACUGUUUUCAUCAGGCAAAUUUGUGGUUCAACGAGAGUGAAAAUCGUAAAGAAUCUCCUUUGUACAAUGAGAUUCAGGUUCUGUAUGAAAGCAAUCACCUGAGCUGGGCACAGGUCUUAUGCGAAUAUGGUCUACAGGAAUUUUCCAUACAGAUUGCCGACUUCUACAAUGAUAUGGGAUCUUUGGUAGAAACGCUAGAGACUUUAGACUUCAGCAGUUCAAAAGAUGUCUACGACAAAUACUUCAGUAAAAUGGGCUAUGAAUUCGCCGCCACUCUUUUCAACUAUUAUGUUGAGCACAAUAAGCUAAAGGAGCUUUUCACUCGUUUCCCAGAACAACAUACAUUCUUAUUGAGAUUUCUAGGAAGUUCAGAACAGUACGGCGAUGUUGCCUGGAUACAAGACAUACUAGAUGAGAGGUACGAUCAAGCCACAAAUACGCUAUCUCAAAUUGCCGUUGGAGACGCGGGUCUGAAAGAGUCGGUAGGCAAGCGGCAGUUCCACUUAAGCAUUGCCAAACUGAGCGCAUUAGUCCAAGAUAAUGGACAGCUAAACGAUACCAAGAUAAACAGAAUACAAGAGGACUUAGAUAUCAUAGACGGUCAGAAUGAUUUGUUCCACAGGAUAAGCGAAAUAGGAAUAAAAAUCGCUUCAAGAUUCGAGCACACUGAGCUAGACUCAGUGUUUGCCUUGUUAGCAGAAAAACUCAAGGCGAAAAACUGCUUGAAACUAGAGUUAAUCGUAGAGAUGUACUCGAUGCUCAAUGACGCCGAGGCACCAUAUUGUGCUCUGAAGUUGCUCGCUUUCGAAAACAAUACGCUAUCUCAUGAAACCAAACGCUUUUUAAUUUCGACCGUCUGGAGAAGGUGCGUUUUAACCGAACACCAAUGGUCCAAUGUUACAGACGCAACUCAAACAGUGCUAUAUCGCGUCCUAAGAAGAUUUUUCGAAGAAGAAUUAUAUGUCUCUGGCUGUCCCCUACCAAGUUUGGAAUUGCUUACUGAUAGAGCCCUCUUGAACAAGGCCUAUUUAACCGAGCUGUACCAGGGCCUCGACGUCAACCUUGAUAAGAUCCACGCAAUCCUCGAAAAAGAACUUGAGUCUGUACAGCAACACGGGCAUGACUUUGAAGAUCGCAUUAAAUCUAUUAUCGGCACUGCCCUUGAAGCAAGCGGCAACAAAUGUCCAGUAAACUAUGAAUCAAACACAGUCGAGUAUUGUUAG